UUUCUCAUAGUGGUUUGUGGAUUUUUUUUAUUAAUUAUAUUAUAUUAUCAGCAACAAAGGGGGAAGACAGAAAGCGAGUUGCUGCGCUCGGUAAAAGAAGUUCGCACUUUGGAAACCCUAGAAGUCACGAAAUCGAGAUUGAAGAACACAGGCAAAACUUAAACCCUAAGAGGAGAUUUGCAGAAGAGGGUAUCCUUGAUUAGCGUCUGUGAAUGGAGAAAUAGUUGAAUUGAAGGAGGUGAUUUGAAGGAGGAUUUUGGUACCAUCUGAAAAACCCUAGAAGGAGCGGAACGAAAAAACAGAAGACAAGAUGAGGAUUAUGAUUAAGGGUGGUGUUUGGAAGAACACCGAAGAUGAAAUUCUUAAAGCUGCGGUUAUGAAGUAUGGUAAAAAUCAAUGGGCUAGAAUAUCAUCUCUUCUUGUUCGUAAAUCUGCUAAACAAUGUAAAGCUAGGUGGUAUGAGUGGCUCGAUCCAUCUAUUAAAAAGACCGAGUGGACCCGAGAAGAAGAUGAGAAACUGCUCCAUCUUGCUAAACUUAUGCCAACACAAUGGAGAACAAUUGCUCCAAUUGUCGGGCGAACUCCUUCUCAGUGUCUUGAGCGUUAUGAGAAGCUGCUUGAUGCCGCUUGUGUUAAGGAUGAGAAUUAUGAACCCAAUGACGAUCCAAGGAAGUUGCGUCCUGGAGAGAUUGAUCCUAAUCCUGAGUCAAAGCCCGCUCGUCCUGAUCCUGUCGAUAUGGAUGAAGAUGAGAAGGAAAUGCUUUCUGAAGCACGUGCUAGAUUAGCCAACACUAGGGGGAAAAAAGCAAAGAGAAAAGCCAGGGAGAAGCAGCUCGAGGAGGCGAGGAGGCUUGCUUCUUUGCAGAAAAGGAGGGAACUAAAGGCAGCUGGAAUUGAUAAUAGGCAGCGAAAGAGGAAAAGGAAGGGUAUAGAUUAUAAUGCCGAGAUCCCCUUUGAGAAGAAGCCUCCAGCAGGGUUCUAUGAUAUUGUGGAUGAGGACAGACCAGUGGAACAACCUCAGUUUCCGACCACCAUCGAGGAACUUGAGGGCAAAAGGAGGGCUGAUGUGGAAGCACAGUUAAGAAAGCAGGAUGUUGCCAAAAACAAAAUUGCUCAGAGGCAGGAUGCCCCAUCAUCAGUAUUGCAAGUUAACAAGCUAAACGACCCAGAAACUGUUAGGAAGAGGUCAAAACUGAUGCUUCCUGCACCACAAAUAACAGAUCAUGAAUUGGAGGAGAUUGCGAAGAUGGGUUUUGCUAGUGAUCUUCUUGCAGGGAGUGAGGCGGAAGGAAGUGGUGCUACACGUGCACUUCUUGCAAAUUACUCUCAGACCCCUCGACAUGGAAUGACACCUUUUAGAACUCCCCAAAGAACACCUGGUGGGAAGGCGGAUGCGAUUAUGAUGGAGGCUGAGAACCUUGCUAGGUUGAGAGAGUCCCAAACCCCAUUACUUGGUGGUGAUAAUCCAGAUUUGCAUCCAUCUGACUUUUCAGGUGUUACACCGAAAAGGAGGGAUAUCCAGACGCCUAACCCGAUGGCUACUCCUUUAUCUACUCCUGGAGCCAGUGGUGUCACCCCCAGAAUUGGCAUGACACCAUCAAAUGAUGCGUAUUCAUCAGGUAUGACACCCAGAGGAACUCCUCUUCGAGAUGAGCUUCACAUUAAUGAAGAUAUGGAUAUGCCUGAGAGUUUGAAGCAUGACCUCCGUAGACAGGCUGAGUUAAGAAGAAACUUGCAAUCUGGUUUAAUCAACCUUCCACAACCCAGAAAUGAGUAUCAAAUAGUAAUCCAACCACUUCCUCAGGAUAAUGACGAACCCGAGGAUAUGAUUGAAGAAGACAUGUCAGAUAGAAUAGCUAGAGAGAAGACUGAAGAAGAAGCAAGACAGCAGGCAUUACUUAAGAAGAGAUCAAAAGUACUUCAAAGGGAGCUUCCUAGACCUCCUUCUGCUUCACUGGAGCUUAUUAGGAACUCAUUGGUGAGGACUGAUGAAGACAAGAGUUCUUUCGUUCCUCCUACUCCGAUUGAGCAGGCUGAUGAGAUGGUGAGAAAGGAGCUUUUAGGUUUAUUGGAGCACGAUAAUGCCAAAUACCCACUUGAUGAGAAAGUAGAGAAGGAGAAAAAGAAAGGGGGAAAACGUGCCUCAAACGGAAAAUCAGCCUUUAUUCCCGAGAUUGAGGACUUUGAAGAAGAAGAAAUGAAAGAGGCUGAUUUAUUGAUAAGGGAAGAGAUUCAGUUUCUCCGUGUGGCAAUGCGGCAUGAAAAUGAACCGGUUGAUGAAUAUGUCAGAGUUCAUGAUGCAUGCCUAGAAGAUAUCAUGUACUUUCCUGCUCGUGGUGCCUAUGGUCUCUCAAGUGUCGCUAAUAACAUGGAGAAGCUGGGAGCCUUGCAGAAUGAGUUUGAGAAUGUGAAAAAGAGGAUGGAUGAUGAAACUAAGAAAGCACAACGCCUUGAACAGAAGAUAAAGCUGCUCACACAUGGUUACCAGAUGCGUGGUGGAAAACUUUGGACCCAAGCAGAGGCCACCUUUAAACAGAUGGAUACUGCUGCUACAGAACUUGAAUGCUUUCAAGCUUUACAAAAGCAAGAGCAGUUGGCAGCGUCCUACAGGAUCAAUGGCUUGGAGGAAGAAAUCAAGAAGCAGAAGGAGCUUGAGAAAAAUCUUCAGCACCGAUAUGGGAACCUCAUUGCAGAGCAGGAUAAGAUUGAAAGGCUUUUCGAAGAAUAUCGAUCACAAGAAAAAUUACAGGAAGAAAGUAAUGCACGCGAGUUUGAUUUGCCAUCUGCUACGAAUGAAACAGAUAAUGCUCAGUCCAAUGGUGAACAGAACUCAACUGCAACCAUGGACGUAGAUACAUCUAUUGCUGCAGUAGAGGAAGACAAAGAAGUUCAAUUACAAGGAAGUAACUGCGAAGGCCCUACUGAUGAGAUGAAGAUCGAUCCAAGUACUGACUCAAUGGCAGUUGAUUUAGGGGGCAGUGCUGAAAUUUCCGAGGAAGAAACAAAUGGGUUGGGUUGUGAUGGUAAUCAAAUGUCUGAAAUACCAAAGGAGAACGAGCCUGAAAUACCAAAGGAGAACGAGCAAAUUAUUGAUACAAUUUCUGAUCAAAACAGUAAAGCAGAUGAUAUUUCUAGCAAUGGAGAUGGUAUAACUCAACAUGCAGCCGAUGAUUUAUCAAAGGAGGCUCCAUCUGCAGAUGAGAAUUUGAUUCAAAAGCCUACUGAAAUGGUUGAUGCCGUCACUGAUUUGGUCUCAGAAACUACUGAAGGUGGGGAUGGUAGGGAGUGAGGUCUGAGUAGGAUGAAGAUCUGGCUAAGAAACAUGCACCAAAUGAACAAAUUCUUGAUUAUGCGCAUCAGAGCAGGGAUGGUUCUGAUGGAAGAGUCGAUGGUAUUGAAAGGUGACCAAGUGGUAUGAGUUCUUUCUGCAGGUGUGAACCUGAAGCCCCUUUGUUUAAGUAGAAAGAUUUGUAGAAUGAAUUUGGGUUUCAAAUUCUUAAAACUGGGGAGGUGAGGAGAACUUUAUACACUGUCAUACUUAUUAGGGUUGAGAGAUUUAGUAUUGGUUCUUGCUUAAAUAGAUAAAAGUAAUGGUACCAGAUAUUUUCUUUCCUCGUUUCAAAUCUGUUUCCAAAUUCUGUAAGCCUAUCAAAUUUUGACAAUGUCAUUGAAGUUGGGAAUUUCUUGUAUCAUUGUAAUUUGUAGUUAUGGUAAAAAUGGCAACUUUUUAUUA